GUGUGCUAGAGAGAAGUGGCGGUUUUUGGCGCGCUUGGUUCAAAUUUGAAUAAAGUGAGGUUAUGAGCCGUUCGUAAAAAAUUAAUGAGUGAAUUCAUCGUGAUACAAGUCGGGCAAUGUGGCAACCAAAUCGGCAGUUUUCUCCUCCCGGAAAUCCUCCAAGAGUAUGGGGUCAAGACAACGACCGACUCCCCAGCCAAACCCAAACGAAACAAAGCGGAAUUGCAGCAGUUCAUGUCGAGUUUCUUCAACAUGGGUCCAACGAACACAACAAUUGAGACAUUGAGCGACUUGUUGAAAAGUAAAGCCAAAGCGAGAUUUUUAUGUAUCGACAUGGAGGACAGUGUGGUUGCCAGGUUCAAGUCGGGGCGAUUUCGCGACUUAUUCGACAGCAAAUCUCUGAUAACGCAUUAUCCCGGUUCUGGGAACAACUGGGCUGAAGGCUACUGCAGUCACGGCCCCAAAUUCAAGCAAAAAAUCCUCAAGGCGAUCCAAUACAACGUCGAGAAAUGUGACCAUUUGCACGGGUUUUUGGUUUUAUUUUCAAUGGGGGGUGGCACGGGCUCGGGGCUGGGGACUUUCAUUGUGAAACUGCUUGCAGAUUUCUUUCCACACAUCGACCGGUUCGUAGCGUGUGUGUACCCCACAGGCACUGAAGACGUGAUUACGGGCCCCUAUAACAUGGCUUUCGCCACGGAACAACUGCUGGAAAGUGCCACUUGUGUGUUUCCCGUUGAAAAUCGGGCACUUCUGGACAUUGCUUUAAGACACACGGGGCGGUACAGUGCUAAAAAUAAAACGUAUUUCUCUCCAUUUAGGCCGUUUGAAGACAUGAACAAGAUAAUCGUUGAUAUGAUUUUGCAUCUCACGAGUGGCUCGAGAUUUGGGGGGAAAAUGAACAUUGAUAUGAAUGAGAUUAAUACGAAUAUGGUGCCUUUCCCCAAAUUAAUUUUUUUAGCGAGUGGAUACAGCCCGUUUAGACUGAAAAAUUUUAACUCAAGCGCACACAGUGAUCAAUUAAAAAACGAACUGUUUUUAGCAUCGUGUAGUAGAAACAAUCAGCUAUUAAAAGUCGAUCCGUUUGAUUCCAGGUACAUGGCGAUGAGUCUCACUUUAUUGGGCAGAGGAAAUUAUUCAAUAAAUGACAUGAGGGGUUACAUCGAUAGGUUGAAAAGUAAGUUACACUUUGCUUGUUGGUCAAGCAAAGCUGUUAAAGUCGGACUGUGCAAUGUGCCCCCCAAGGGACUAGACUUUUCAAUGUUUUCUCUAUGCAACACCUCAUCAACGUCAAAUUUAUUUCAAGAAGUUUUAAACCAAUUUACGAAGCUAUACCAAAGAAAAGCCCAUGUUCAUCAUUACACUGCCAUAUCUGGGUUUGAUUUUGAUCAGUUCAAAGAAUGCCAAAAUAGCAUUAGUAACAUUAUUGAAUUUUAUCAAGAAAUCGGUAAGAGAAAAACUUUGUAACUUGUUAACUUUUUAAUUAGAAAAUAUAAAAGCAAAAAAUUAUACACUUAAAUUGAAAUAAAUCACAUAAAAAUA